CCGGUAUCCCUCCCUGCGUGUUGCCUUCACGGCCCCUCGGUGUGCGGACAGUUUCUCGGGUGGUUCGCAGCUGGAACCUCGAGCUCCGCUUUUUCUCUUUGUGUCUCCAGGAACAAACAUUUGAGUAAAAGUAAAAAAAAAAAAAAAAAAAGAGAGAAAGAACUUCUCCUCUUCCUCUUCCUCCGACCCUCGACGCCAUGAACGGGAAGUCUUCGCACGGAGCUGCGGGGGGAAUGGCCUGCAUCGAGGGGCUGCCGCCGCUGCCCAAGAGCCUGAGCGGCUUGCUGAACUCGAGCGGCGGCUCCUGGAGGGACAUGGAGCGGAUGUACGUGAAGAAGACGAUGAUCCAGGACGACCUGAGCCGAGGCCGCAACCACAGCGACAACCUGCUGGCCAACAAGCCGGCCAACCUGGACGCUGCCCUGGCCCUGCUGCGGAAGGAGAUGGUGGGUUUGCGUCAGCAGGACAUGUCCCUGCUGUGCCAGCUGUGGUCGCUCCACGAGUCCAUCCAGGAGUACAAGGGCAGCUGCCAGGAUCUGAGCGCCGCCUCCAGCCUCAGCAUGAUGGAGAACGGCUACUUCGACGAGGACGACGAGUAUUACCCGGAGCCUGGCGCCACUCCCACCGGGGAGCAGCCGGACGGGGAGGUCGGAGACGGGACAGCGGCUAAGAACGGGAGCGGCAUCAGCAAAGACGACAGCUGGGACUCUUUUCACGUCACCAUCUGAGGCCUCGUUCUCAGCAUCUCUCUUGCAGAUGGAAAGACAUUUCGGGGGAAGCGGACGGAGUAAAGCUGGAGGAUAAGUGGAGCGGCUCUAAAAAAAAAAACCUUUUGGCCUCUGAGAAGGGAGCGAUGGGUCAGAGAGACGGUGUCUCUUUACCAUAACAGACUGUAAAUAUAAAGCACCAGCUCCAGCGUCAUCAUUCUCCUCCUCAGGUGAAACUCUUACCUGCGCCCCGGUGUCCUGACGAUACGUCGCUGAUGACGCCCUCUGAAACACUCAGGAGUCGAGAUGGAUUGUAUUUAAAGACUUUGCAUAUUCAAAAUUAGGCAAUAUAUGUAAAUGAUGUAUUCCUUUUUAUAACCAGCUCUGCCGCUGCUUCUGUAUCCACUAGCCAGUUUCCCUUUUUGGCAAAACGUUUUUUUACAUAACCAAGAUAUAUGAACAAAGUUUUAUUAUUUAUUAUAUAAUAUAAAUAGCUCUCAAUGGAAAGUUUGUACUUCGGCUCUACCCAGGAACAAGGGCACAGCUUUUACGUGCUGGAAAGAGGAUGAGGUUUCUGAGCUCUGCGAUCGAUGUUGGUGCAAAGAGACGAUCGACCUCGUCGACGUGUUGAUGGAGACUGUGUGGGCGUGUUAACGUUGUCAGACCUCUGUAGUGGAGAAAGAGGUGGAGACCUCACACCUGAGAAGAGCGGAGGGCGUGUCUGUGCAGAGGCGAGGUCCUCACUUUCUUUGCCUUUUAGACGGAGCAGACGUUUGCUCUGAAAAUGUGAAACGUUCAAAAUGCUGGAUGAGUCAUGGAUAUUACAAACUUCAUUACAACUUAACAUUGUAAUCAUCGAGUUAAUCGCUGAGAUCUGGGAGCUUCGGCAGACGCUCAGCAAUUAGUUUGAGUGCAAUAUUAUCUUAAUCAGUAGAAAUGGCAGCCAGAACUAUGAAAAUAAAACCCAAGUUGUGAUAAACACUAAUUACUCUUCAACAUAACCCGUUAGGAGGUGACAACCAGUAAUCAUCAGGAACACAACUACACAACAUGAGCCAUUUUCUACACAACUUUGAGGCUUGUAUUAAUAUAUUCUAUCUAGAUGUUGCCAAGAUUUGAGAAACUGACCGGCGACGAUCAACUUCUCUUGUAGCUUGCACUUGACCGUUGGAACGGACUUACAGGGGAAUCACAAGUGCAUAAAUCUGAUCUGCCAUCGGUGGCCGGCGACUUUGACAAGUUCUGCUUCGGUCAGAUCGCGAGGGCGUUACUGUCGUCAGUGUUGCGGAGCAAACACGAAGCUGUCGCUCUAAACCUGGCAGCAAAUAUCAGUUGAAUACAGGGUACUUUUAUAAAACUUCGUAUCCUACAAGAUCUUAACAAUUCUCACCGUAGCAGCACAUGCAGGCUCAUGCUGAACAAUAUUUAAUUCUUCAGAGCGAUUGUUAUUUCAGCGUUUUCUUACAUCCACCGGGUUUCCGUUAAAAUUGUCCGAGCCUCGUCCUAAAAACUGUAGCAGCGGGGACUUUUCCAUUUCUACUCAUUACUUAUCUCUAACAAGAUUGUACCAGGGAGUGUCUGUUAUGUUCAGAGUGAGGACGGUUCCAGUGUCCUCACAGAUCUCUGUGCACAGUCUGAGUUUCCAUUUGCAAACACAGCCUUACUUUAAACUCUACGUCUCUUUCUUUUGCCGUCGUCCUGCGUCAUGUAUCUUACGUCAGGCAAAGACAAUUGGAUGUGUGUGUUCGCAUAUAUUCUUAACUUCUAAUGUUCAUUUGAAUGCUCUGUCCGGUCUUCCUGAAUAUCUGAACUCUCUGUAGCACGCUAACGUCGCAGCUCCGGCGAGCAGCCGCUGUUUUCAGUUGUGUGUUGAUAUUGCGUCUGUUAAGAUCACACUGUGUAGAAAGAUGGACGACACGUCUUCACCUCCUCCUGUUGUACAAAAGUGAAGCCAAAAUAUCCGACCUUUUAAUUUAGUUCCAUGCCCUUUGGCUAACAUGGAGGAGGCAGGGUUUAAAACCUAUACUGAAUCCAGCCCCCGGGGGGGGGGGGCGAUCAAGAUGAUUUGGCUCCACUUUUCCGGAGCAGGAACGUCGUCCAUCUUUAUAAACAUUCUACGAUACAGAUCACAUGACGUCACGUGUACAUUUGGAACACAAACCAAAGAAAGUGCAGCACUCAAGAUGAAAUGUAUUUGGUUCAAGCUGCCGAAGAAGAAAAACUUUCAUUUGACUUUAAAGGUGCAGUUCAACAUCUGACCUGAUGUGUUGAAGAAUGUCUCCACGAGUCUUUUCACAGCUGAUGAAUGGAGCUGGACACUGAACACACGUUAUUCUCUGUGCUUCACUGUCCCAGUGUCACGGAAACACUAAUGUCUGAUUCCUAACGACGCGGUUAUUGUGACAUUGAUUCCACCGACUGACGUAUGAAAGUCUAGAGGAUUAAAUUUACUGUUGGACACAGUCACAGCUACACAUUGGUUUGUGUAACGAGCUCGAAGCUUGAUGUGUAGUAACUGUACAACGUUUGUUGGUGAAGGAAAAGUUCGACGUUUUUUGUUUUUGGGCUGAGUGUUGCAUAAUAACAUCGAUGCCACCCUCAUGUUUGUUCAGAAGUUACGAAACCACCUCCUGCAGGUCGUAAGCUUAGCUUAGCAGCAUCGUGAGCGGGGAAAGGGUUCACCUCGCUCUCUUCGGCAGAAAGAAAAUCCAGCAGCACCACUAAAGCUCAUUAAUUAACAGCUCAGUGUUUAAAUCUGGACACAAACCGGAGUUCAGAGACAAACACGUGUGAACGAGGACGGACGACGAGAAACGUCAAACUAUUCCUUUUACCAGUUUGAUCACUUCACGACUCUAAAGGUCUGUCGAGGAUUUUUGUCUUUUGACUCCAAUCUGAGUUUGGUUUCACUCUUUUUCUGCUUCUCACGUAUUUACUCACUUGAAACCCUUCGUUGUUCAUAAUAAUCUUAAUGCGUCUGAAAAUGUCUUAAUACAACUACAUAACCAAUCAGAGGCAGAGAACAAUGGUUUUAUUAUAUAAUUUCAAUUGAAUGUUUGUGUUAUUUCUUUCCACAGUUUGGAUCUGAGUGCUGCUAAUACUUUACAGUCAAAUUACGCGUUUUUGGGUGAUUUAAAAAAAAAAAAAAAAAAGUGUUCUGUUGUUAAAGCUCACAAACAAUCUAACCGAUGAGAAAUCAUGACCCAGGCCUGUUAUUGGAUGUCUACACAUUUAGUGCCUUUAGAAAUCUUCAGGUCUCAGACUGAUUAAAAGGUGAGGAGCAAGGCUGGGAGAGAACGUGUCAUUUUCUUCAACAGCAAUAUAACAGAAGUUCAGCAUAAUGGUUGUUUGGCUUUGUUUUGAGUCAGCCUCAGUUUUCUGUGUAGUUUGCCUUUAAAUUUGAAACAAACAAUGAUUUCUUCACAUGACGAUUAUCAACACUGACGGAUAUAAAUAAAAAGACAUUUUCCUCCACGUCGAGCAGCCUUCGAUAAAUGUUCAGUAAUAAGAGCUUCGUUCUGCUUUUAACAACACCAGCAAACUGCACCCAGUGUUGUAACGUCAGCAGUUGAAUAUCGUGUAUUUUCUACUUUGAAAAAAAAAAAAAAAACGUUGGAUGUGUAAACGUGGUGAUGCCUUCUCAGGAGAAACCUGUGGCAAAAUGUGGUUUGUGUUGUUGGGACGAGUAACAUCUUAAAUCCUCGUCAUGUCACUUUGUAUUAUUUGGUCGUGUUGUUUUACAUCAGUAGCCGUACAGAUGUAAAUGAUCCACCCGCCACUUUAACGGAUUUACUCCAACAAACUAUGAACGUCAAACUUUCAGUGCUAGUUUCUCUAAAUCAAAAAGCGAGUGCUUCUUUCUGGAGCCAAACAAUCACAUGGAGAAAUGUUUUCUACUCGAGUGGCCUCAAUAGACCAGAAUGCAAAUGCAACCGCAGAGAUGAGGCGUUGCCGUGUGUACGCAGCUGUGCUCUCGUGAUUCUACGGGAUGCAUUCUGGGAAAUGUGAAGGUUGCGGAAGUGGCUGCACCAAAAAAUAGCAAAUGGAGACUCUUAAUCAAAGUGGAUGGUAUUUAAUGGGUGUCAGGGAGGAGAUUUAUCCCUGUAACGUGUUUAUUUGCUUCCCUGAAAAAGCCUCAAAUGUUUAAAAACGCAUUUUGUUGAAACGUACGUUUCUUCUCCCGCUGAAAUAAACCGACCUGUGUGGAGAUUUCUGUUAAAUCAGCCAUGAAACAUAAAACAGACGCUAACAUGGGGUUUGCAGCCAUUUUACCAGCAUUGACUUCCAGAAUAAUCACGUUCAAGCUUUGAAUAUCUGAAAUGUCGUAUUUAUAUAUAUCAUCAUUCUUUAAGUCACUAUAGCGACAGACGUUUUGAUGUAUUUUGUGUUGUAUAGACGAACACGUGUGAAGCCUGUGUUGUUAUCAUCCAUCAUGACUCCUGCUCUUUAACCCUGAACGACCAUACUACUGUUAUAGUCUCAGUGCUUUUCUCUCAUAAUUAUUAUCCUGAUAUUAAUUUAAUAAAGUGAUUCCAUACUU